GCCAUUACAGUUUAGAGAAAAAUAAUAAGGGAGAUAAUAAUAGUAAAAAGGUUGGAAAAAAUUUUUUUGCAAAAUUCAAUACCUACCCUCCAAAAUCCAAUUGUACUGUUCUUGCUUAUUGCAUAAAUUCUCCCUCAUAAAAUUAUAGCAUCAGUAGAAGUAGAAAAGGUGACAUUUUUAAUUAAAUUUCCUUUGUGAGCUUCUGCAGAAAGACUGACUGAAAGGCAGAUAUGGUAUAUAUCUGAUAUAGAAAUAGAGAGAGAGAGAGAGAGAGAGUGGGGUUUUUUUGGUUGGUGUAUAUUUUUGGAGAGAUGUCAAGUGGGUGUAGCAUAGUCUGGUUCAGAAGAGAUCUGAGGGUAGAAGAUAACCCAGCACUAGCAGCUGGUGUUAGAGCUGGUGCUGUAGUUGCUGUUUUUAUAUGGGCACCUGAAGAAGAAGGUCAUUAUUACCCUGGUAGGGUUUCAAGGUGGUGGCUUAAACAAAGUUUGGCUCAUUUGGAUUCUUCUUUGAGAAGCCUUGGUACUACUCUUGUUACCAAAAGAUCAACUGAUAGUGUUUCUACUCUUCUUGAGGUUGUCAAAUCUACUGGUGCUACUCAGAUCUUCUUCAAUCACUUGUAUGAUCCAUUGUCACUGGUUAGGGAUCACCGGGCAAAGGGGGUUUUGACUGCUCAUGGGAUAGCUGUAAGAUCCUUUAAUGCAGAUUUGCUUUAUGAACCUUGGGAUGUUAAUGAUGCUCAAGGACGCCCUUUCACUACCUUUGCUGCCUUUUGGGAAAGAUGCCUUAGCAUGCCUUAUGAUCCAGAGGCUCCACUUCUCCCUCCUAAGAGGAUUAUUUCAGGUGACAUGUCUAAAUGCCCUUCAGAUGCACUGAUAUUUGAAGAUGAAUCAGAGAAAGGAAGCAACGCAUUGCUUGCUCGAGCAUGGUCACCUGGAUGGAGUAAUGCUGACAAGGCUUUGACCACAUUCAUCAAUGGACCAUUACUUGAGUAUUCUAAGAACCGUAGGAAGGCUGACAGUGCUACAACAUCUUUUCUUUCUCCCCAUUUGCAUUUUGGGGAGGUUAGUGUUAGAAAAGUAUUUCAUCUUGUCCGCAUCAAGCAGGUUCUGUGGGCGAAUGAAGGGAACAUAGCUGGUGAAGAGAGUGUAAAUCUGUUUCUCAAGUCAAUUGGUCUUCGAGAAUAUUCAAGGUACAUGAGUUUUAACCAUCCCUACAGUCAUGAAAGGCCUCUCCUAGGGCACCUUAAAUUUUUUCCUUGGGUUGUGGAUGGAGGCUAUUUUAAGGCUUGGAGACAAGGUAGAACUGGUUAUCCAUUAGUUGAUGCAGGAAUGAGAGAGUUAUGGGCCACUGGUUGGUUGCAUGAUCGAAUACGAGUUGUAGUUUCUAGUUUUUUUGUCAAGGUUCUACAGCUUCCGUGGAGGUGGGGAAUGAAGUAUUUCUGGGAUACUCUUUUAGAUGCAGAUUUGGAGAGUGAUGCUCUUGGUUGGCAGUACAUUUCGGGUACUCUCCCUGAUGGCCGUGAGUUUGAUCGCAUAGAUAAUCCACAGUUCGAAGGUUACAAGUUUGACCCAAAUGGAGAAUACGUCCGACGGUGGCUUCCUGAACUUUCCAGGCUACCUACUGAAUGGAUUCAUCAUCCAUGGAAUGCACCUGAAUCUGUGCUCCAAGCUGCUGGAAUUGAGCUUGGUUCAAAUUACCCUCUUCCAAUUGUAGGGAUAGAUGCGGCUAAAGUUAGACUGCAAGAAGCACUUUUGGAAAUGUGGCAGCAUGAAGCUGCUUCCAGAGCUGCCAUUGAAAAUGGAACUGAAGAAGGGCUUGGAGAUUCAUCUGAUUUGGCCUCAAUUGCCUUCCCUGAAGACACUCAAAUGGAAGAGAACCAUGAACCUGGAAGAAAUAAUCCCCCUCAUACAAUUCGGUAUUAUGAGGAUCAGAUGGUCCCAAGCAUGACGACUUCUUUGCUAAGAGUUGAAGAAGAAGAAACUUCUUCAGAUCUUCGAAAUGGAGCAGAAGAUAGCAGAGCAGAGGUUCCAAGAAAUGUAAAUAUCAAUCAAGAACAAAGAAGAGACAAUUUAAACCCGGGAGCCACGCAGACUAUCCGCAGCAACAACAGUUUUCCGCAUUUUAAUGUGGUUGGAGCUUUUGGAAAUACUGAAGAUUCAACAGCAGAAUCGUCAAGUAGUAGUAGGAGAGAAAGGGAUGGAGGUAUAGUUCCAGUCUGGUCUCCUCCAUCUGCUAGUAACUCAGAGCAGUUUGUAGGGGAUGAAAGUGGAAUCGGAGCAAGUUCUUCUUAUUUGGAGAGGCAUCCACAAUCUCACCAGAUAAUUAAUUGGAGGCGGCUCUCUCAGACUGGGUAAGAAGUAAAAGAAUUCUAAAGGAUUCACAAGGCUAAGAAAAUGUCCAGUAAAUAUCCAGUACCUCUUACAUGAUUGCAGUUCAUAGUUUGAACGGCAAUUUGGUUGUAUAGCAGUCUGCAAGUUCCUUUUGCCUGGUGGUUGAAGGUUCAUGAUCUGAAGAAAUUAAAUAUGACCCAAGAAUUCCACAACAUUAGACCUUACAGCUACACUCUUGUAGAACUUACACCAACAAGUCUGCAAAUAAUUAAGUACAGAGUGGAGUCAGGAUAAUUAGUAGGAUGAAUAGUAUUGAUUAUUCCUGACUUCAAAUCUUUCUCUUCUCAACAGGUAAGACAAAGACAUACAUGCAAGGCAAGACUUGGUGCUAGGAAGUGGAGAAUGCAGUGGCUGGCACAUGUUCAUUUUUUCAAUGGGUUGACAAAACGAAGUCUUACGCAUGUUGUUACCCACCUGUGCUCUUCUCAAGAUUCUAAUCUGACUGGUGGUAUGACCUUCAACGUGUAUGAUAGUUGAAAAAGAUUUGAUGCAGCCUAUCUGCUAUCCUUUUUUCUGUACUUAUACCAUAAUAGAUAGUUCUGUUGUAUAGUAUUUAUAAGCAAGGGGUGAGAGUGACGAUAGGUAUUUGUAGUUCUCAAAUAAACCCAGGUUUGUGCUUAUUUAAUUGAUGAUUAGGCAGAUUAAUUUGCUUUCAUUCA